AUGAACACCCCUCUAAAGUGUGGUAAGAAACAUCGCGCUCUGAAAACCGGUAACCUGAAGGAGAUCGCUUUGGAGAGACAUUUCAAGCCGAUAGUCGAACCGUUGAAACGCAUCGCCGAACGUGUCGAAAACUCAUCCGAUGGAGCCGUUCUCGCGAAGACAGCACGCAAGGAGAGCACCUACGAUUAUGGUGACGACGACGACGACGACGACGACGACGACGAUGUUUUCAAAGCGACAACUCCAGACGAAUCCUUGAAGGUGAAAACAAAACAACAAUGGCCUAUCGAGACCGCAGCCUCACCCACAAUCGGUUCCACGCCAAUAGAAUCGCGCAAGAUGAUUCGAUCUACACCGAUAGAAUCGCGAACGACUGUUACACCAUACGUGGAACGGGAAGAAGAAGUGUACGAGACGGAUGAGGCGCCGAUCUCGCUCGAAACGUCUGCGAGAGAGACUCUGCAAACGGCGCAAGGUCAUGAUUUGUUGCAUAGUCAAUUGGGACCGUUGGGACAAAAAUACAUAGGCGAUCUUCUCGGCGGAGAGAACAAGAAUGCGAACGAUCACGUUUACGGUGUGUACGUCAGCAAGGAUGGGACUAAACUCGGUGACAAGCGAUUCGACGUGGACAAGGACGAUGCGAUGAUCAUCGAUGGAACGAGGUACGUCGGUACUCCCGGUCUGUACGAAUUGAUUUUCAAACGACUCCCCGACGAUCUUGUAUACACCAAAAACGAUUUGCAAACGUAUAAGAGUAUACUGCUGACGACAAACGCUCACAGACGCGGUCGCAGCGCGAGUAUGCCGAUCAUGGGUAACAAGGGUUACAAGUACAGUAUGAUUAUCGGUCUGCUCAUUCGCGGUGAUAAGAAAAAAGGCGCGGGUGCGACCCGCGUCCCGUCAACCAUGAGAGUAACCGAUAACAAAGUAGAUUACGUUCACUGGGACGAUCCCAACGAAUUAACAGAUCGUCUUCGAUUGCUCGAUUCUUCUCGUCUCGCUGGCAACAACGCUCACGACAACGAAAUUCUAUCGAUAAUCGAGGAGCUUCGCGAGGCUGGAUUCAUUAUAAAUUAACCUGGUUUCAUCAAUCGUGUCGGCAGUACGGUUCACACACCGAAGACGUCAUGUAUGUUAACAAGUUUGGCAUGUCUCUGGAGAGACAUGAAAACGACGGAAUUGCAUUGAACGAAACACGUUCG